AGUGGUUGUUCUCUCCGAGGGAGAGAGCGGUGUUUACAGUGCGUGUGCUCCUUGUGGCGGUGCGUCCGCGCGUUCUGUGCUGCUGCCCGCGGUGUUUUUUCGCUGGGCUUUCACCCGUGGCGUUUCGCCCACGGUGCGGGGAUGCGUCUUCUUCUCCCUGCUUGACCGGCGGCUGCCCGGCCGUUGAGAAGAACACUGGAGGGGACGACGUGCCGCCGUCCGGCAAUGGAGCUGCCGGUGCUGAAUGUGGCUGGCGAGGUGACCUUCCUGAUGCAGGCAGGGGUUGUCCGCGACACGGUCACCAUAGACGCCACCGAGAUGAACCUCAAGUCACUCAAGGACACAGCAUGCAACUUUGUCCACAAGAGGCUGCCGGAGCACGGCCUGAACAGGCUGAGUGAGCGGCUGCUCCUCUUCCGGCACGACUACAACAGUGAGAACAUUCUGCUGCCCAUCAAUGCUGCUUCUGAUGUGGCCGAGGGCACCCUGGUGGAGAUUGUCGUUUCAGCCCAAAACCCGAGUGAUGAUGUCCAGAUCCGGCCGCACUCGCUAACGGUGCACUCGUACAAGACGCCCACCUUCUGCGACUUCUGUGGCGAGAUGCUCUUUGGCCUCGUCCGGCAAGGCCUGAAGUGCGAAGGCUGCGGGCUCAACUUUCACAAGCGGUGCGCCUACAAGAUCCCCAACAACUGCAGCCACGCACGGCGGCGGCGGUCCUCCACCUCGAUGUACCCUCGGAGCCCAACGGAAGCAAUCCAACGGACUGCAUCUAGCGCAGCUACCUUCAGUGACGACCAUAAUGUGUUGCUCAGCAGUGGGAGCAGCUUGUCGUCCAGUUCGCGGGAGAAGCGAUCCCCGUCGCUGAACAUGGGGCGUCCUGCGUGGGUGGAGCGGGAGCUGGCGGGCCGUAUCUGCAUACCGCACACGUUCGUGGUGCAUUCGUACGCCAAGCCAACGGUGUGCCAACACUGCAAGCGACUGCUCAAAGGCCUUUUUCGCCAAGGACUGCAGUGCAAGGACUGCAAAUUCAAUGUCCACAAGCGCUGCAUGGACAAGAUCCCCAUGGACUGCACGGGCGAGGCACCCCGCGAGUGGGCCGAUGCCUCUCAGGACAACUCUGAGAGCAGCUCUGAGCUGGAGAACAAUGGAGAGCGUGACAACGUGGAGGAUGACUCUGACACAGAGAGUGAACAACACGAACCACGACCACCGGUGGACAACCGUGAGGAUGAGCUACCCAAGACCAACCUUGACGAGUCUGGCAGCAACAACAUCCCGCUGAUGCGCAUCGUCCAGAGCGUGCGGCACACCAAACGUAAAGGUGGCGCCAAGCUGUUCAAAGAGGGCUGGCUCUUGCACUGCACGGACCGGGACCCCGUGCGGCGGCGCCACUACUGGCGCUUGGACAGCAAGGCCUUGACCCUGUUCCACUCGGACACGGGCUCCAAGUACUACCGCGAGAUUGCCCUGGCCGAGAUCCUGUCGGUGGACCCGCCCAGGAGGCCCGACAUCGGCUUCGAGCUUCGCACGGCUGCGGGUGCCACCUACCUGGUGGGCGACGACCGCGACCAGGUGCGCCCCUGGGAGUUGGCCCUGCGGCAGGCACUCAUGCCGGUCGCCCGACAGGAGGACGAAGGCAACGGGCAGCACAACACGGACAUCAGCUUACGGUACCAGAUCUUCCCAGAUGAAGUUCUGGGAUCAGGCCAGUUUGGCAUCGUCUAUGGAGGUGUGCACAGGACGAGCGGUCGUGCCGUGGCCAUCAAGGUGAUUGACAAGCUGCGCUUCCCGACCAAGCAGGAGGCACAGCUGAAGAACGAGGUGGCCAUCCUGCAGAACAUCCACCACCCGGGGGUCGUCGACCUGGAGAAGAUGUUCGAGACGGCCGAGCGCAUCUUUGUUGUCAUGGAGAAGCUCAAGGGGGACAUGCUCGAGAUGAUCCUCUCCUCGGAGAAAGGGCGGCUCUCCGAGCGCACCACCCGUUUUCUCAUCUACCAGAUCCUGAUUGCUCUGAAGCAUCUGCACUCCAAGAACAUUGUGCACUGCGACCUCAAGCCUGAGAACGUGCUGCUCUCCUCAGACUCGGAAUUCCCUCAGGUCAAGCUGUGCGACUUUGGCUUCGCCCGCAUCAUUGGCGAGAAGUCAUUUCGGCGGUCGGUUGUCGGCACCCCCGCAUACCUGGCACCCGAGGUGCUUCGGAACAAGGGCUACAAUCGAUCCCUUGACAUGUGGUCCGUCGGUGUUAUCAUCUAUGUCAGUCUAAGUGGGACGUUCCCAUUCAACGAAGAAGAAGACAUCAACGACCAGAUUCAGAACGCAGACUUCAUGUACCCCCCCAAUCCGUGGAAGGACAUAUCCCCAGAAGCGGUUGACCUUAUCAACAACUUGCUCCAAGUGAAGACAAGGAAGCGCUACACGGUGGACAAGUCCCUAGUCCACACCUGGCUGCAGGAUUACCAGACAUGGUGCGACGUUCGCGAGCUGGAAAGCCAGGUCGGGGUGCGGUACCUGAGCCACGAGUCGGACGACUCACGCUGGGAGGCGUACCGGCGCGAGCGAGGACUGCAGCCACCGGCGCCCGCCCCGCCUUCCACUCCGGCGCAGUCUCAGCAGCAGUCGCAGUCUCAGCAGAGUCACCACCACACGCCCGCACGGUCGCGACUCUCGGUGCAACGGGAGGAAGAGUCGUCCCCGACGUGCGGUCGUGUGCGUCUCUGACCCUCUGCAGACGCGGUUUCCGUUUUUCCCCGGUGGGGGUGAAAGGGCUAGCGUAGGCAAGGUCCCGGUAUGCAUUUGGAGGUGGCACCAUUUCCUGCUCUGGGUGUUUUCUUCCCUACAGCUUUCUCACUACUCUCUCUCUCUCUUCACUACUGUUGGCAGUAACAUCGCCGACAACUUGCCGAAGCGCAAAUUUCGAACCCUUUUAUCGGCCAGCCUCUGUUGUGAAAGAGGAACUGAGAGGGAAGGUCCGAGAUGAGGAUGGUGGCGAGGUGAAAAAGAAAAUGACGCUACCUUCGGGUUAUGCGGGACCUCGAGUGUAGGUGCAUUUACCGCACAAGGAAAGCUCGCAGCAGUGGUGCGUCUCAACCGGUCACGAAGUCUCGCUGGUGUGUUCUUAGUCGGUCACCUUCGCUGGUGGUACACCCACGUGGCACUACAUGGGGCAUGAAUCGUAAUAUAGCCGUGAUCACUGACAGGCACCGUAAACACCUUGGCUGCCUCUCCUGUAACCAGAGCACUCGGCAACUCCUCAGCAUUGUGGCGCUGGCGCAGCAGUGGGUCUACUUGGCAUAGCAGGCGUAGGUACCCCUUGCAGCUAAACAGUAGGCUUGUCUGUGCUCAAAUAGCAUUUUUGAUUGGUUUCAUCAUAUUGUCGAGCGUUACUCACCUGCUUUAUUAAUGGAAAAACAUUGAAACAUACAGUUGUGAACAAUACGAAAGAGAACACUGAAAUUGCCUUCAAAAGGCCGUAGUAACUAAGUGCACUUAUCAAGUGCAAAAGGUUUUCGUAACAAUAAACAUUCAAGUGGAAAAGUAGCUUUUACAAAUCAGCGUAUUCAUAUGUGCACAUGACCAGUAAUUAUUGCUUAAGCAUGAACUCGUGUUCCUUUCAUAUUGCUCGCAGCUGUACAUAAGUCUGCAGAAAGCCCACCAAAUUAUUUUGAAUUUGCCACAACUAAAUGGGGCACAUUCUGUUGCUUGCUGUGGUGAAACGAGCGUUCAACUCUUGCCAACAACGCAGGCAAGCAAUGCUGGGCACAUGCAUAUCCACAUUUUUUUCUGGGGAGGGAUCCAAUUUUGAGGUGGCAAUUAAUGGCGAUGAUGAUUGUGUGCAUGCUUGCGAUCAAUAAUACUAUAGUAAUAAAUCAAUUCACAUUCCAUCUAGUAUUUCGACAACGUAAUAACUCCUUGGAAAAGGGACUUUGUAAGUUCUUUACGAGCUGUGAUGUGUGGAACAGCACACCACGCACAAAUUUCUAGGGAAUCGGAACAUUCAGACAUCUCCCCUGGAUCAACGCAUGGCUGUCAGAAGCAUGGUUUUUUAACUGAACUCGCUUCAUAAUGCUACCUAUCUGCAAGAUUUGAGCAGAAAUGCACCAGCGGCUUAUCUGGAAGUGUGGCAUUCAGUAUUGUCAUUGUGCAAGAGCCCUGCUGACUGGUUUGCUCUAUCAUAUGUACUGCCUCUUGAUAGCCAGGCAGUGCACAGUCCAAGCAGUAUUUGUCAUGUAAAGUGAUCAAACGUUUCAGCCAGCUCCACCUUUACAUACUGACCUGUUGUUUCCAGGAUGCUUUUUUCUUUUUGUCUGUAUGCUUAGCCAGCGGUGAAACCUCUAAAGGGGUACUGACAUCAAUUUUCGGAGGUGAGUUUAGUCUGUCAUACAAAUCUCCUGUAUACAGAGAUGUCUCUCAGCAAGUGCGAAGCUAAGUAAACGCUGAUAUCUUUUUUUACAUUAACUUCGAUUUUCUUAUGGCACACCUACUGACAUCGACACUAUUGUGACGUCAGGCUACAGUGUCAAUUCUGGUGACUUCACACUGCAGUAUGGCUAGUUGCGAUGACGUCAGGUACUAAAACAUUCAAUAUGGCAGCUUGUGCAUCACCAAAAGCAUUCAAAAUAGUUGCUUGGGUGUUGCAAAUGGAGCCACGCACGCAGUGGAGCGGCCGUGGAGACUUCACAUCUUGCGCGAGCACGUGAUGAGAAGCUCAUACUGUGGUGUGACAUCAGAGUUAGAGUGUACUAGAUAGGGGUAGUGGGGUGAGGGCGAGCUCUCCGGUGAGGCCACUUGUAUCGACGACGGAAAAUGGCGCCACUGCGACUUUCACCUGGGCGCCGCAAUCGCGCUGGGCCGGCCGCCUACCAACCUACUGAUGCACCUGCGCUCUUAUCCAGUCUUUGAAGUGAAUCCGCGUACUUUUUAACAAUUCACUUUGCCAAAACUGCUUAUUGCAUUUUAAAACAAGCAGGAACAUUUUAUUUACAACCGCAUACAUCAACAACAAAUGCACGUGAGCGAGUUGAAGGGUCAUGAAUUUGCGCACAAUUUUCAUCAGUCCUGCUCAGUUUAAGGUGCUUGGCCCUCUGAUGCUUAGUGCUGUUAGCACUGUUCAGGCCUUUAACCAAAACGUGCAGGCACGUAAGAAUAUAAAAAGAAACAACUUUGAGACUAAUUUCCUCACUGUGAAUUGUGGCGAAAAUGUUUGAGGCCCGCGGUGUGUACUUAGGUGCACGUUAAAGAACCCCAGGUGGCCCAAAUUUCCGAAGCCCUCCACUACAGCGUCUCUCAUAAUCAUAUCGUGAUUUUGGGAUGUUAAACCCCACACAUUAUUAUUAUUCACCGUGAAUUGUGCGCCCCGCGGUGUUGGAAGGAAGAAAGUUCUUGCUCACAAGGGCCACAACAUCGGAUAUGCUGUUUGUGUGAAGCUUGUUGACACUAAAACAUUCUGUGAAUAGGUCCUCAAGUGUAGAGAUGAAAAUGUAAAGCUCCUUUGAUGGAUAUAGAAGACCGCCCCAGUCACACUGCUUUGUGAACCCUGACGGGAGCCGAUUCUCUGCUGCCUCACUUGGAUUUAUAAGAAGGUCUCUGCAUGAUGAACAGCCAGACUUCAAAACCCAUUUUCUGGCUAUAUAACCUGCCAUGUAGUAGACCAGUCGUGAGUCACUCUUUUCCACAACUAAAGACAAGUGGUGACUGCAAGGAGCUGGGGUUGAAACCAAACAUUUCUGUGCUUCAUCCAAGUUGCCUUGCAGGAGCAAGUCAUCGACUUUCUUUGGUGUGUGCUGUCGUGCGCAUUAAGCAGUGAACUGAUGAUGUCGGGAGUUGCAUUGGCACCACCAACACUUCUGGCAAUAUAUUUUUGUAGAAUGAAAGGCAGUUCACAGUGAUCAGGAACUGCUCUUGCGACGGGUGAGCGUUACAGCCACUGGACUGUCGAGCAAUACCGAAGUGGUGCUCUAUGGGGUCGGUACAGAGACGCGAAGUCCAUAUGUACUUGAAUCCAAGAGAUUCUGUAAGGUAUUGAAGUAAUGAGAGAGUGCUGGCAAUGGUGACUCUCAGUCCUGUCGCCGUGGGGUCACUUAGAAAUCCCGUCUUUCCAGGGCUGCAGGCUUCCCAUUUGCCCAGGUAAUCGAGAAAAUUAACUAGGUCUGGAGCAGUGGGGGAGCAGGCCUUCGCGAUAAUGCGAAGAAUAUUGAACGAAGAAACAGCGCUAGAACAGGACAAAGACGAGAGGACACAAACACGGCGCUGACUAACAACCAUAUUUUAUUGCGUUUGCACGUCAAUAUGUACCGGGGAAAACACAAUCAGUAUACACAUCGGGGAACAAGAUAACGCUGUAACAUUGCCAAAUCACCGUUUUGAAAAAUACAUUUCAUUUUUGCGAAGUGAUAGCGAAGCUGCGCUGACACAAUAGUCUCCACUUAUCUGGAUGCAAAAAGCCUCAAAGAUUUCACGUUGGCGUUGCUCUGCAUAAGUGCCUAGAACUUCGCAAUCUUUAAAAAGUGGUUCGCAAUCACAUUUCCUACAGUGAUCUACCAGAUGACUGCUCACGGUCCUUGAUGCGUAUACUGAUUGUGUUUUCCCCUGUAUAUAUUGACGUGCAAAAACGCAAUAGAAUAUGGUUGUUAGUCAGCGCCGUGUUUGUGUCCUCUCGUCUUCGUCCUGUUCUAGCGCUGUUUCUUCGUUCAAUAUUCAGUAUGUACCAGCCAGCUCAAUUCAAGACGCUAACGCGAAGAAGUUCAGCAGAACAUAUCGAGGCGCGCCAAACAUUCCAACUGACUGCGCCCGGCAUGUGCGCCGCCAGUGCCAGGUGAAAGGCACAGCAACGCCACCACGCGGCAGGUUAAAAUUUCCGUACUUUGAGCUUCACUGCGCGCCAUUGCCGCCAGCUCUCCCUCGUCCCACUACCCCUAUCUAGUACACUCUAAUCAGAGUACAGUAGGAACCAUAACUGGCUUUUAAAAACGUACUAUGAUCACUUUUCUUGGGUGCACUCGCGCUUACCAGUACAUGAUGAGGCUGGCACUCACAAGGGGACUCAAUUCAGCGGUCUACGAGGAGAAAAAGAAAAGCAUACAGUGUUUCUAGGCUGUUAAGGGCUUGGUCUUUCAUUUGACGGGAAAAAAAAAAUGACAACCGAAGUGUUUCGUGUCAGUAUGCCUUUAACAUAUCACUUAGGGCACACAAGAUGCUGCCAAGGCCACGGACUACACUCAUUUAAACCAUAAGUCAGCUUUGGCAGCAUUCAGUGUGAGGACGAAAUGCAACUAUGCACCCAAACUGGGCUAAGAGGAAUAUGUACUGAACACAAGCUAACCUUUCUGUAACCCUCUGGACUCUAUUUAUAUCUGUAACACUUUCAUCCUGCUUUAUCACAGUCUAACACUGUCAGAUGAUCUGACGUAAAGAUAUGGUCGCGCAUUACAUCCAACGGCCUGCAAGUAAUGCGAGUUACAAGAAUUUUUCUUGCAAUUGAUACAACUAAUCAAAAACUCUUCUUCGAGCUUCGGUUGUAUUUUGUACAUGCCUCGCAGAAUUUGUUUGGGUUUAUGAAUUGUUCAGUGUUUCCAAUUAAUUCAUUUUAUUUGUUGCAUAGGAAUGCUCUCUAUGGGCAAAUUAUUUUGAUAUUCUAUUUCUUUUUGUUUUGGAAAAUAGUUUGGUAGCAGUUUGAGGCUAUGAAAGCAACACGUAGAAUUGUGAUUAUGUUGAGUAGGUUUGAUUUAGUUACAAAGCAACAGGACCAAGUUAAUGCUCAAAUACUCUUCAGCCGACAGUACUUAAAGACUCAGAAAUGUAAACAGGGUUCAGUAAUGGCCGUUUUAAAAUCUCUGCACAGGGUCAGUGUCAAAUGUAGGCAACUUUGUCUCAAAAGAGCCUAACUGACCGCUUCUUCUCAUGUGCUCAAUUCCUGUGGAAACGCUUUCUUUCUUUCUUUCUGCUGUACCUCUGGCACCAUGACUGAGGGGUUCUUUUUGAGCCUGUUUUCACAGAGGUGCCGACAGGGUAUUACAGUGUUUGGUGCCAAGUCUUGCCUUACGGUUACAGCAAAAUACCAUGUCAGUAUGCACCCAUACUGUUAGUACUGUCAGUAUGCAUAUAUACUAACGUGCGGCUUUUGCCGACAGGGGAGCGUACUCGGGAAAAGGAAAUUUCAGUGAAGAAUAAGGAUGGCCUGGAGCGCUUACGGCAGACAUUCCCAAAUAUUGACACUGUGUAUGUCUAUUCAGUAGAAGUGCGCACUGCAGUAAGCUCUGAUACAGAGUAUGCCAAGGUGUUCCCAAUUUGCAGCAUGCGUCAUAGCCGUCAGAUGUGGUUGUUUCACUAUAAGCGAGCCGAUAUGGUUGAAAUUUUGAAGCAAACCAUUCUAUUCCAUCCACUGUAUCGGAGAUGGUUAUGCCACUUGCACGUGAUGUGGUGACAUCAGCACUGCAAUUUAAGCACCAAAUUAAAAAAAAUCAGAACCUUGGUCUUCAGUUUCCUUUCUAUAGUAGCUGUUACCAAAGCACUGAGGAAAAUUUGAAAGAGUACUUUUAAUAGUUUAUCUGUACUGGCUGUUGCAGCAUUUCUGUGCCCGACAGCUGUUGCCACGUUUGCACAAUUAGUCGAAGUGAAAUGCACGAGUAGAACGGUUCGCCAGCAAGUGACUUCGUGACUGGUUGAAUAGCACCAAUGCACUCCCUUUCGACUUUCCUAGCUGUCUGCGAGUGAAAUGAACUACACGAAAAGUGAUGCGAGGUGUUGCCGUUACACUGUGUGUUUGGGAUACAAGCACAUGUUUGCCAUUUAAGCCCACUACACGUGCGCAGUGCACAUGUGCAGUUGUCUAUCUAGGGUGUUGCACGAGAAUCCCCAGCCGUCCGUCCCUCUCUUUGGUUGUGCUGGUUGCGCUUGAUCUUCAGCUGUGGUUGAAGAGAUUCUUUUGCAGCACUGCAGAGACGGCUGUUACAUUCUGUACACAUGCUCACUAGCGAGUUCUAGACACCGGCCCAUGCAGAAUAGCUCAGCAGUGAGAGGCUUCACAAGAAUCGUGCCCACAGAUUUUGUUGUUGUAUGAUUACAUGCAAUGCGAACAAGUUCUUGCCUGUGACAUAUUUCUUCUGACUUUUUCUACUUAAGUUCACGAUUUGUGACGCCAAUCACUGCCUAAUGGCUUAUCUACUUUGUUCCAGUAUACGUGGUAGUGACAAAUCUGCUCAGUCUUGGUGGCUUCAAGCUGCAUCAAGAUUAUACCUGAUGGCCUCAAGUCAUUGCUGCAAGGUGUUAGUCGAGCAUCGUUAUCAGUUUUGAUCGUCAUAUUUCUCAGACAUGUGCAGACAGCUUGGGUGAAAAGUGACGCGAAAGCCAACUGGACAUUGAUGUCAUUCAGUACGCGUCAUCAAUCUGCUUAGUCUGGCUGGCAGUAAAAGAGUGAAAACAGCAUUCUAUCUUCUACCAUGACCAUUCUUUCAGCCAAGCAGCAGCGUGUGUAUUGACACAAUGCACUUAUCCCAUUGCAGUCGACCAUAAACGACAAGCUAAAACAUUUGACUGAAGUAAAGUUUGAAUAGGCGGCCAAUAAGUGAUGGCCUUUAGAAAACCUGAGCUUAUUGCGAUUCCUUGAAAGGUUUUAAUGGGCGAGUCUUUUCAUUUUUGCAUUGCUAUGGCAGCUGAGUUAUGCUAGCUCUGCAUGAGCCGGUAGCAAAUGUUGGGUGUGCUUCACAGUAAAUAGAGUCUGACGUGCAAUCAACCAACUGAAUCCAACGAAGAUGACCUGUGAGAGGGCGGGGCAUUGUAGAUUGAACAUGUUGUAGUUUGUUAGUAAUAAGACUACGACCUUCUUUGCCACCAAAACUGCACGUGCUGCACAGAAGCGAGGAUCAGGGAGCAGCUUGAACUCUCUGUGUAGGUUAGAUUGCAUCUUUUUCCUCAACAUUCUCUUGCUGGUCUGUCAUUUCUUUGGGUUGCCGGCUACCGCAGAAAACCAGUGUCUUGCACCAUAAUGCGAGGCCUAGAAAGGGGGUUUGUAUUGUGCAAGAGGAGCACUGGCGACCAAUGGAAAAACUGCAGGGACGGCGCACUGCUGCAGUCUAUGUGAACAACGAACAAAUGUGACCCUGUUCAGCCUUCCCACAAGUGUUCAGUCAUUCUGGCACUCCUAGGGUAAUUGCAUGAAACUCUACAAUAAGCAGUGUUCUUUUGACAUCCACCCUUUUAUUGCCUCUUGCCUACAACUGCAUUCCGUACUUGUAAACUGGGCAAACGACACAGGUCAUCAAACAGAUGGGACACACAAAAGUUUAACAAUAUAAACAUGCCUAACACUAGUAUUGUUCAUGAGAGCAUCUUGGGCUCAUUGGCAGAGAUUGAGCGAGAGAUGGCACAAAUUUUAGAUGGGUGUUGAGGGAGUAGUUUCAGAAAUGCACUUGUGUUUUCUUGCCUCCUCUGUUGUUACUAUCGGUCGUAUGAUUUUGUUGUAUGCAAACCCUGUAAGAUAGCCAUCAAGCGAACGAAUUUGAAUGAACCAGACACAAUGUAACAGGUAGACAGAACUUUAGAUUACUGCACUAUUGUAGCUCCAAGUUCUUAUAGAAAAAAGUUGAUCCUUAGGCGUAUUCUUACGAGAUGAGAAGACAGAUGUGUUUCUUUCGGCUGGGUUCUUGUUAAUAGAGGGGUGCUUCUGUGCUGUGGCUGCAGGUAGUUGCUGCAGCAGUUGUUGGCGCCAGCGUGAGCUCUGGUGGGAGAGGUCAUGUCCUUUUCAAACACGAUUUCUGCGGAUGCCAGCAGGGCGCAAGCUUUUGCUGACCUAGCCAAAAAAUGCGUCACCUUAAAAUCAAGUUCACUUUUGCAGAGUUGUCUCUCUGAGCUUACCCAUUUUGUUGUCCUGUGUCGUUUGUGCCAUUUGCGGUUGUGCAUCGAAACCAAGAUGCCCAGUUCUCUUUUACGGCAUUCCACGUUGCAGAUGUGAUUCUUUUUUCCUACAAUGCAGCUGACCCCUUUUGGCAUUUCUUAAUGUAGCCAGCGUGUUAGAGCGUUGCUCCGGUGAUUAGUGAGACUGUAACUCUACAUUCCUUACUCUGUACAAGUGGCACGGAGCGGCUAAGGACAAUCCAGAAAAAAAGCCACACGAGGGAACAAUUUCCGACGUCUCUACACAUCCCUGUGCUGUGCAUUUUCAGCCGUGGCAUUUUGAGCAAAACUUGUUAGAGAGUAUGUAUGUUAGAAUGUCAUGUGUUCUGUAACCUCUUGCCUGUAUUUUGUUUUUCGUAUUCUUUUGAUACAUCAUACAAGCACGUUGCAUAAAGGUCUCUACACAAAUUGCA